CCCACUCUCUUCCUGCUUGCUUCUCUCCCUCUCUCCCCUAUAAACUUGUAUUCCGUACAUUACAGAAAGAACGCAAAGGCACUACAACGAUGUCGUCCCAGAACGGCUUUGAGGCUCAACACCAACAGGAAAACCCUGGUGAGGAACACACAUUUGAUAGGAACUGUGAAACAAUUCCUGAAGUUGGAUGGUAUAUUCUCGGUGAAGAUCAACAACAUGUUGGCCCGUAUGCUUUGUCAGAGUUGCGUGAGCAUUUUGUAAAUGGGUACCUUUCCGAAAGUACACUCGUCUGGUCUGAAGGCAGAAGUGAGUGGCAGCCAUUGCCCUCAAUUCCUGGAUUGCUGACUGGAAUCCCUCAGCUGGGAGCUGACGAAUUAACUACAUUGCCUGCAAACGAUGAUGAGUUUCAGAAAUGGCAGGAGGAGGUUAGAGAGGCAGAAGCUGCAGCAGAGGCAGAAGGGGAAGUUGAUUGUGACAGGCCUUUGACACCACCAGAGGGUGAGGAAGAAUUCACUGAUGAUGAUGGAACUACAUACAAGUGGGACCGCAGUCUUAGAGCUUGGGCUCCUCAGGACAACACAUAUAGUAGAAGUGAGCAAUAUGGGCUAGAAGAGAUGACAUUUUUGGAAGAAGAGGAAGUCUUUACAACUUCUAAUGUUUCUGAUGCCCCUGUGAAAGAAGAAGUUAAUGCAACUGUAAAUAAUGUAGCAGUUAAUGCUUCUGAUGCCACUGGAAAGAAAGAAGUUAAUGCUACCAGUGAAGUAGAGGAGGCCAAUCAAAAUGGCAAGAGAAAAUUAUCAGACAUAGCUGACAAGAAGGAAGCUAAUAAACCUCCUGAUAGUUGGUUUGAAUUAAAAGUGAACACACAUGUUUAUGUGACUGGGCUUCCUGAGGAUGUUACUGUUGAUGAAAUGGUGGAGGUGUUUUCCAAGUGUGGUAUAAUAAAGGAGGAUCCUGAAACAAAAAGACCACGUGUGAAGCUAUAUGUUGACAAAGAUACGGGAAGGAGAAAGGGAGACGCACUAGUUACAUAUCUGAAGGAACCAUCUGUUGCUCUGGCUACUCAACUUUUGGACGGAACGCCUCUACGUCCUGGUGGCAAGAUUCCCAUGUCAGUCACCCUGGCUAAGUUUGAGCAGAAAGGGGAUGCAUUUGUUGCGAAACAGGCUGACAGCAAGAAAAAGAAGAAAUUGAAGAAGGUCCAAGAGAAGAUGCUUGGCUGGGGUGGUCGUGAUGAUGCAAAGGUCUUAAUCCCAGCUACUGUUGUUCUUCGUUACAUGUUCACUCCUGCUGAAAUGAGGGCUGAUGAAAAUUUACGUUUAGAAUUAGAGGCAGACGUUGAGGAGGAAUGCAUAAAGCUUGGUCCCGUGGAAUCAGUCAAGGUUUGUGAGAAUCAUCCACAAGGUGUCGUUUUGGUAAAAUUCAAGGAUAGGAACGAUGUUCAAAAGUGCAUAGAGUUGAUGAAUGGAAGAUGGUUUGGGGGUAGACAGGUACAUGCUAGCGAGGAUGAUGGUUUAGUGAACCAUGCUUUGGUCCGGGAUCUGGAUUAUGAUGCUGCACGGUUGGAGCAGUUUGGAGCCGAACUUGAAGCUGAUUAAGUUCAAUAUCACCAGUACAAAAUUUACAAAAUAUGUACUACUUCCUACACCAAUCUUUUUCUUGUAAAAAAUCUAGGACUGAGGAUAUUUAAUGGUGAUGCUUAUGAAUCCCACUGGAUGUAGAUAUGGUUUGAGAAUCCAAGAUAGCAAUUUGUCAUGAAAUUUUUGGGGAGAUUUGGUACUUACCAAAAAUAAAA